AUGGCAGCCCACCAAAACCUGGCCUCGAAGAUCUUCUGUUUAUGCUGCAAAUGCUGUGAGGAACCCAAUGCCACAGAUGACUCCAAGAUCCCCAGUCAACCCCAAGAGCUUCAGCCAUCAAAGCAUGAUGUGAAUUCACAUGUUUCCAAAAGAGGAUUUCACAAGAGAAACCCAAGCCGCUACUCCCAGGAUCGCUGGCCGUACCAGCCAUGCCUCAUUGGGAGACCCUGA